AUGACGGGGUGCUGUGGCACGUUUCAAUGGAUGGCCCCGGAAGUUCUUACGAGCCAAAAGUAUUCAUUAUCCGCCGACGUGUACAGCUUCGGUGUCAUUCUGUGGGAAAUAUGCGAGGUCGCUGCCCCCUUUAAAGAUCUAGCUCCUGCUCAGGUCCCCAUCGCAGUCGUUCAGGAGAGACGGCGGCCGAUUAUCUCACCCAAGACACCACCGCCGCUCCGCGACCUCAUCCAGCGCUGCUGGCAGCACGAACCUACUCUGCGUCCCACCGCAGCGGAGGUGGUCAGCAUUCUGCAAGGCUUCUUCCCCAGUACAUGA